CCGGGUCCACCUGCCGGUGGCUGCGCUGAGAUCCGGUGCGCUAGAGGGCGCUCUAAUCCCGCCAAACGGUGAAAAAAAAAACCGCUCCGCCUCCGUCUUCUUCUCACAUUGUCCAACAUGGCGGCCUCCAUGGCGAGCGUCUGCCGUUAUGCUCGGCGGUACGGACCCUGUAUCUUCCACAAGCAAAAACGCCUUUGCCUCCGUGUUUCGUCUGAGCUGCACUGCUCCUCCCCGGUACACGGCGGGCUGCUGCUCUCGCUACACAAACGCGGCAUUUUAAAGGAGUUGUUCCCGGAGGGCGCCGCGCAGGACCGGCUCCCCGCACUGCUCCGCUCCGGUCCUCAGACCGUGUACUGCGGCUUCGACCCCACCGCCGACAGCCUCCACGUGGGCAACCUGCUCGCCAUUAUCGGCCUCCUCCACUUCCGAAGCGCGGGUCACAACGUGGUCGCCGUGCUCGGCGGGGCCACGGCGCAAAUCGGGGACCCGAGCGGGAAGACGACCGAGCGCGAGCGCCUGUCCGCGGACGUCGCGGAAAGGAACGCGCGCGGCAUCCGGGAGAGCGUGCAGAGGAUUUUCGCCAACCACGAGGUCCAUUUUCACGACGGCUCCAGGACGCUGGGCACCGCGGCCGUGCUGAACAACCUGAGCUGGUACAAAGGCUGGAGCGUGGUGGACUUUCUGUCGCAGGCCGGAAGGCACUUCCGGAUGGGCACCAUGCUCAGCCGCCACAGCGUCCAGUCCCGCCUGAGGAGCGCAGACGGUAUGAGCCUGACCGAGUUCACCUACCAGGUGUUCCAAGCCUAUGACUUCCACCACCUCCACCAAAUAUACGGCUGCAGGAUUCAGCUCGGAGGCACCGAUCAGCUGGGCAAUUUGAUGUCCGGACAUGAAUACAUUCACAAAGUGAGCGGUGAGGAGGUGUAUGGCCUCACCAUCCCGUUGGUAACGAGCUCUGUUGGAGACAAGCUGGGGAAAACGGCAGGAAACGCCGUGUGGCUCAACAGAGACAGGACGUCCCCCUUCGAUCUCUACCAGUUCUUCCUCAGGCAGCCGGACUCCAGCGUUGAGGGGUACCUGAAGCUUUUCACCUUCCUGCCUCUGGCAGAGGUGGAGAAGCUGAUGGAGCAGCAGAGAGAGGACCCCAGCAAACGCCUGGCACACAAACGACUGGCGGCGGAGGUGACCAAGCUGGUGCACGGAAAGGAAGGCCUGGAGAGCGCCAAGAGAUGCACCAAUGCGCUCUACCACAGCAGCGUGCAGGCCUUGGAGGAAAUGAGUGAUGAGGAGCUUCAGGAGCUCUUCAGGGAGGCUCCUUUCCACGAGCUGCUGUUGGAGCCCGGGACCACUGUGAUUGACGCCUGCCGCCAAGUCAACGCCAUCCCCGACGGACCCAGAGGGUACCAGAUGGUCUCGGACGGGGCGGUGUGGAUCAACCACAGGCGGGCCGACAAUCCAGAGAGUGUCCUGAUCCCCAAACUCCACAUCCUGUCCAACGGACUCACGCUGCUCAGAGUGGGCAAGAAGAACUUCUACAUCAUCAAGUGGCUCAGUCUGUGAGCGGUCCGGAUCAGGCAAACUAGACUGUAGACUGUAAAGGUCUGUGGGGGGAAGGUAGGAAACUAAACCUCAGCAAGAGCAUUGAGGACGCUUUGAUGGACUCAUUUCCUACCCCUUGUCAUUUGUCUUCUAAAUAUGUACCUGAACAGAUAUGUUUAUCAGAAUCACUGUAAUUAAAAAGAUAAUUUAAUUGACAGAUUGUGUUCAGCUGAUUUUGUGUGACUGUAGAUGGUUUAACGGGCUGAACACUAGAGGGUACCAUUGUCCCAGAGCUGGUCUGCCAGUGGCCUCAGCUGCACCGUGAAUCUGCAGUGACCCUUUAAAGUAAAUAAUUGCUCACAGUAAAACCAAAAUUGCAUCAGUUUUUUUUUUCUCAAAGACACAAGUUUCGUGUUUAUUUUUAGCCAACUGUGCCAUUGUUUGAUUCAAAUAUUUUCCCAAGUUUCUUCUUAAUUUGGCUGUUUUUCUUUUUUUUUCUCUCCAAAGGGUAGAAGGUGUGAAACCAAAAUAUUUUUUAUUUCCUAAAUACAUAUUUAGGAUAAACAAAUUUGGCUUCAUUUUGCCUUUUUAGAUAUCACAAACUGACAAUGGUGGAUUUUGAAGCCUGGUGGAGGAUUUUCCUGUGUGUGUUGAAAGUUUUCGUUGUGGUGUAAAUGGAGAUUUCUAACUUUCAGCACAUUGAGCCUUUUUGAAGCCUUUUAUUUUUUUAAAGUUUCCCUUUUUCUAUUGAUAAUUUUCACCUUUAUGGACCUCUCGUGUGCAGGACUUUCUACCACUGAUGCAUCUGUCCUCUCUGGGUGCUGAUAAGGACAAGAUCUGCUGUGUGCUGACCAUGACCCUCUCCUCUCAGGUCCAUAUUAGUGGUAAAAAUCAUGAUAUAAAGAAACUUAUCUGUCCAUCCAGCAGAAUUAGCUAUUUUCUGUUUUUGGCGACCAUCUGAUGGGUUUAAAAUGGUGUUAGGGUACUCCUAUUUUUACAGAGGGCCCACAACUGCAAUUACCGAAAUAUAAUCUUUUAAGGUGGAAUUGUACAUUCUUGUGUAUUCGAAGUGUUUUGUUAAUCCUGUGACUGCUUGGAUUGAAGCAAAAAAGAAUAAAUGUGUCAUUUGUAAAAAGUUUUAAUAUAAUGGAUAUCUUCAGCUGUAAGAUGUUA